UGACCUCCCUGUGUUUUGGUUGUGAAAGAGAGCCAUUUUCCGAUCGGGUUUUUUUUUUUCUUAAUCAUUUGGAUUUAGCUUCAGCUUUUCAGAAACACAGCGGGUUUGCAAGAUAAGGUUCCGACCAUCCUGGUGGUGUUGGGACGAUCGGACUACACCGGCCGGAUUCGCUCGGACACGUUCGGCCUAUCCCGGCUCUGGACGAAAAAAUGGAUGAGUCUGAAUCGGCAACGAAGGGACUCGGCUUGGAGGAGGCGUCCGAUUCAGCUGCUGUUGUGCCGGGGGAGGGGGAGGACUCGGAUACCGAGUCGGAGGCCGAAGUUACAACGGUGACGGUAAUGGGGGAACCGGAGCACAUCGACAUUGCAACCGAGUCCAUGCCGAACCCAGACGAAACUGCAUUCGCAGAAGUGACUACAGUGACUGUCGCAAAUGUGCCAGGGACUGAAGACAGUGUAUUUACAACGUCUGUCGCCAAUGCUGCAUCCAUUUCAGAACAUGUCCUUACUGGAAGAACCACCCUUCAGAUCGGAGACAGCUUGAACACCCAGAAGGCGACUCUGAUUGUGGUGCACACAGAUGGCAGCAUUGUGGACACUACAGGGCUAAAGGGGCAUGACACACCAAUUACCCCAGGUCCACAGAGGUCGUCAACUCCAUUAACUCCUGGUCCAGACAAAGAUGGAACCAAGUACAACUGGGACCCUUCUGUGUAUGAUAAUGAACUGCCUAUCCGCUGCAGAAACACCAGUGGGAUGCUGUAUAAAAACAGACUUGGCUCUGGUGGGAAAGGACGAUGUAUUAAGCAUGGCUGUAACUGGUACACCCCCACCGAGUUUGAAGGCAUGUCAGGGCGAGCCAGUAGCAAGGACUGGAAAAGGAGCAUCCGAUAUGCUGGGAGACCAGUACAGUGUCUGAUCCAGGAAGGCAUCCUAAACCCCCAUGCUGCCUCCUGUACAUGCGCAGCCUGCUGUGAUGACCUGUCAUUGUGCCACAAAAAUGGGGACGGGGCAUCUGUCAGAGGGGAGAACAUACAUCUGACUGGCCCGGUAAGGCUUUUCGUGCCCUAUAAAAGACGCAAGAAGGAUAACGAACAGCCCACUACGCCAGAGAAGAAGGGCUCUCAGUCACCCAAAAACAUCACACUGCUACCUGCCACAGGCGGGACAACCUUUACAGUAUCACCAUCUGGGCAAAUCACUACCUCCGGCACCUUGACCUUCAAUCGUUCGUCGACGGGUGAAACCACUACCAUCCUUUCUGAGAGUCCAGCACAGACGGGUGUUUUCACUGGAACAACUGUGCUGACAUCUCUUCCGGCUCUGGCAGUGAAUCCUUCUAUUCCAACCAAGGUAGUGUCACCCAGCUUAGUGAAUGGGCUGGAAGUGACUGAGCAGAGAAACUGGCUGUAUCUGGAAGAGAUGGCCAACACCCUGAUCAACACGGCCCAGCAGCUCAAGACUCUCAUUGAACAAGCCAAGCAAUCCAGCCUGGCGUCCCGGGAGGCUGCUCUCAUGCAGGCCAAGUGCGAUUCAGAAAGGAAAGAUCCCUACCAGAAUCAAAUCUCAUUUCAACACACAGAAGAUGCAGAUGGGAAAACGGAAAUCAUUAUUAAGCAAAUGUGUGUUAACUGUGGUCGAGAAGCAAUGAACGAGUGUACCGGCUGCCACAAGGUCAAUUACUGCUCAACUUUUUGCCAGCGCAAGGACUGGAAGGAUCACCAGCAUAUUUGCUGCCAGCAUACAACAACAGCAACAACAACAGUGGCUGUCCAGGGAGAAGAGGUUCACUUAGCAGAAAUGGACAUUGAGAAAGUCAAAGUCUAAAAGGCAACUUGUUGAGCCCUUGAACAAAAGAAAUGGGGACUGCCUGAUUUCAAACAUUGUGGAGCUCCCUGCUCCACUGCUCAGCAUGCAUCGGAGGCUUUUUCUCUCUCUGGAUUUAUUGCACAUUAUGUUUUAUGUGCUUUUUUAAAUUUAUUUAUUAGUUUUUUUUUAAACUUUUGUAUUUUCUUUUUUUUUUGUUUUAAUAUUAUUUGGAGCAUUGUAUGUAUUUUGUGUUUAAUUUUGACAACAUUUAAAAAAUAAUUGAACCUGUUGAAAUCUUUAAAAAGCAUAAAGUGUUUAAGAUAAGUUUGCAA